AUGAACUCGCUUCAAUUUCUGAUGGCCGCUAUACAAAAAUUUUCUUUUGAUUAUGUGUUUUGCAUCCUGAAAAUAGAAGGGUGUGGUCGAAAAGUUAUUGCUAGAGGGAGCAAUAGAGAUUUUAGCCUACUUGGGGAAUAUACAGACAUAGAAACACAUAGUCGGGCUUUGCUUGUUGUCAUAGACUAUGAAGCCGCAAUUCACCUCUGGAAGGUUGACAAAUUUGACUUUGUUGUCUGCAUGAGUGCCUAUAUCGACGUUGUUUUUGGCAGCAUUGAAAUUGGACUAGUCUUAGCGGGUACUUUUGUUUGUGGCAAGGCCAAGGACUUUUGUUCAAGGAAACCUUCCGAAUUCCAUGGCACACAGGUUGGAGAGGACUUGAUGAAGGCAUCAUUGUAG